AUGGGGAAGGUCUUCGAUGCCGCAGAAGUGGCUAAGCACAACUCAGCUGAAAGUUGUUGGGUCAUAAUUCAUGAUAAAGUCUACGAUGUCACCAACUUCAUGACCGAUCACCCAGGCGGCUCCAAAGUCAUCCUCAGACUAGCAGGCAAAGAUGCUACCGAGGAAUUUGAUCCGGUGCACCCAGACGGCACCCUCGAAGAGAACCUCAAGCCCGAGGCAUGCCUAGGUACAGUCGACCCAUCAACAAUGCCCCAGCCUGAGCCCCAGACCUCCACCCAAAGCAAGAUCGAAGAAAUCCCCGUCCAAAAUCUGCUCAACAUGGACGAAUUCGAAAAAGCAGCCACUGCCAAAAUAAGCAAGAAAGCCUGGGCCUACUACUACUCCGCAGCGGAUGACUUGAUCACGAAGCGCUUCAACACGGAAGUAUUCCGCUCCAUCCUAUUGCGCCCCCGCGUCUUCAUUGAUUGCACAGAGUGCGACAUCACUGCCAGAUUACUAGAUAAUCCGGUCUCCAUGCCUAUCUACGUUUCUCCCGCAGCAAUGGCCCGCCUGGGCCACCCGAGUGGUGAAGCCGGAAUCGCCGAGGCAUGUCGCAGCUUCGGCGCUAUGCAGAUCAUCUCCAAUAGCGCAAGCAUGACGCCCGAGCAGAUCGUCGCGGGUGCGUCGCCUGAACAGACAUUCGGUUGGCAGCUGUACGUGCAAGAAGAGCGAAGCAGAAGCGAGAAAAUGAUUGAGCGAAUCAACAAGUUGCCUGCGAUCAAGUUCCUAGUCCUUACUCUCGACACACCGGUUAUGGGGAAGCGAGAAGAUGACUUGCGAGGUGGCAAUGUCAUUAAUGAAAUCACUGAAAUCAAGUCUCCUGAGGUUUCGCAGAAAGAUGAACGGGCGGUAUUCCAAGGCCUUGAUCCUACGCUUAAUUGGAAAGAGACCUUGAAGUGGAUUACGAAGCACACGAAACUGCCUGUUGUUUUGAAGGGGUUGCAGACGCAUGAGGAUGCUUAUAUUGCUUCUUUGCAUGCGCCGCAGAUUAAAGGGAUCAUUCUUUCGAAUCAUGGGGGUAGGUCUCUUGAUACCUCGCCUCCGGCUGUGCAUACACUUCUUGAGAUGAGGAAAUAUUGCCCUGAAGUUUUUGAUAAGAUUGAGGUUCUAGUUGAUGGGGGGAUUAGAAGGGGGACGGAUGUCGUUAAGGCGCUUUGUUUGGGUGCGAGGGGUGUUGGCAUCGGCCGGCCUGCGCUUUGGGGAUUGAGUGCUGGAGGUGUGGAUGGUGUUAAGAGGACAUUGCAAAUCUUGGCCGAUGAGACGAAGACAUGUAUGCGCUUACUGGGUGUGGAGAGGCUUGACCAGCUCGGCAUGCAGCAUAUUAAUACCCGCAUGGUAGAGCAACAGAUCUAUGAUGGCCCAUCUGGCCUUGACCCCAUUCGAGCCGAGUUCCGAUCAAAGCUCUAG